UGUUGUGUAAUUUAACUAUUUACACCUGAGUAUCGAGCUGAGCAGGAACUCUUGCAAUUCUUUUUGCUUCCUUAGCCUGCGGUCUAACUGGUAUGGCUUGUGUAAGUAAUACUCUGAAAUUGCUGAAUACAAAUCGUGCUAUCGUCCGAACCAUUGCAAUGUCUGCCCAAAGACGUGCCGAAGAGGCUUUGGAAAAGAUGAAGGAUAAGAACCCCUAUUUCGAGAAAUAUGCCGACAAAAUUGCUAAACUACAAAAGACCUCGCCGGAAGAGUUCCUGGAGAGAGUGGACAAAGUUGUCAAUCCCAUUAAAGAGGGAAAAUCUCAAGCCAGAUCCUACUCUGAACUGCUAAAUCCCAAAAAACCUGCUAAGCCUGAAGGUGAAAUACCAUAUAAAAAAUUGGAAGACAUUAUGAAAAUCGAAUUAAUACAAGACAAAUCGGCGGAGGAAAUAUCCAAAAUAUGGUUUGAAUAUCAUAAGACAAAGGAUGUUUUAGCUGCCACUUUGACAGUGGAACAAUUUGAACGUUUAAUGGAACGUGCUAAAAAACAUCCCAUAUUUCUGUUGCCUUUGCCUCGCAGCGAAGGUUUCGAAUUUAUAAUGUUGCAAUUUGCCAGCAAUGCAGUACAUUUCACACCACUACUAGCCUAUCAGGUUCAUGCUGAAAAUGCUCCCGAAUGUCUAACCAUUGUACACUAUACGGAAAUGCGUGAUAAGGGCAUUAUAUUGAUGCGUGGCGAAUACGAUAGUAAGGUGGUAAGCGGUCAGGAAGCUCAGUGUUUAGCCAAUGAAUUACAAAUGUUCUAUUGUAAAAAUGAUCCAGCCAAACAGCAACUUUUGGAGACAUUUACCUCGAAACCGGAUGAAUUCAAGCACAUGGAUUUAAUUAAAGAAGUUGAGAAUAUUCAACUUGUUUAGGUGACAAACAAUGGUAAACAAUAAUAAAAUGUAAUUAAUUGGAAAAAUGUA